GUCCCGGGGGGACGCGUCGCCGUUACCGCGGCAACGACGCGCGGGCGGCGCUGCGUGAGGUCAGGGGUGCCGGGGCGGGGCCUGCGCGCGCAGCGGCGGCAAGAUGGCGUCCACGGCGGCUGGGAAGCAGCGCAUCCCCAAAGUGGCCAAGGUGAAAAACAAGGCACCCGCCGAAGUUCAGAUCACAGCGGAGCAGCUGCUGAGGGAGGCAAAGGAGAGGGAGCUCGAGCUUCUCCCGCCGCCUCCGCAGCAGAAGAUCACAGAUGUUGAAGAGCUAAAUGACUAUAAACUCCGGAAGAGGAAGACUUUUGAAGAUAACAUAAGAAAGAACAGGACUGUUAUCAGUAACUGGAUAAAGUACGCACAAUGGGAGGAAAGCCUGAAGGAAAUCCAGAGAGCCCGUUCCAUCUACGAGCGUGCCCUGGAUGUGGACUACAGGAACGUCACCCUCUGGCUGAAAUAUGCCGAGAUGGAGAUGAAGAACCGCCAGGUCAACCACGCCAGGAACAUCUGGGACCGGGCCAUCACCACCCUGCCCAGGGUGAACCAGUUCUGGUACAAGUACACGUACAUGGAGGAGAUGCUGGGGAACGUGGCUGGGUCGCGCCAGGUGUUCGAGCGGUGGAUGGAGUGGCAGCCAGAGGAGCAGGCCUGGCACUCCUACAUCAACUUCGAGCUCAGAUACAAGGAGGUGGACAGAGCACGAAGCAUUUACGAGAGAUUUGUCCUGGUUCACCCCGAGGUGAAGAACUGGAUCAAGUACGCGCGCUUCGAGGAGAAGCACAGCUACUUUGCCCACGCCAGGAAGGUCUACGAGAGGGCAGUGGAGUUCUUUGGGGAGGAGCACAUGGAUGAGCACUUGUACGUGGCCUUUGCCAAGUUUGAGGAGAACCAGAAAGAGGUAAGAUUAAAGGAUGAGGCUGUGCUUGUUUUAGUGACUGCAGUUUGUGUGCUGUUGCCCUGUCUCUGGAAGGCAAACCCCCACAACUACGACGCGUGGUUCGACUACCUGCGGCUGGUGGAGAGCGACACGGACGCCGAGACCGUGCGCGAGGUGUACGAGAGAGCCAUCGCCAACGUGCCCCCCAUCCAGGAGAAACGCCACUGGAAGAGGUACAUCUACCUCUGGAUUAACUAUGCGCUCUAUGAGGAGCUGGAGGCAAAGGAUGCAGAGCGAACCAGACAGGUGUACCAGGCAUGCCUUGAGCUCCUGCCCCACAAGAAGUUUACAUUUGCUAAAAUGUGGCUGCUGUAUGCACAGUUUGAAAUUCGGCAGAAGAACCUCCCCCUUGCCAGAAGGGCUUUGGGCACAUCCAUAGGUAAAUGUCCAAAAAACAAACUGUUUAAAGGUUACAUCGAGCUGGAGUUACAGCUGCGUGAAUUUGACCGUUGCCGAAAGUUGUAUGAAAAAUUCCUGGAGUUUGCUCCAGAAAACUGCACGUCCUGGAUUAAGUUUGCUGAGCUGGAGACCAUCCUUGGGGACAUCGACCGUGCCCGGGCCAUCUACGAGCUGGCUAUUGGCCAGCCCCGGCUGGACAUGCCAGAGGUGCUUUGGAAAUCCUACAUUGACUUUGAGAUUGAGCAGGAGGAGUAUGAGAAGACCAGGAACCUUUACCGGCGGUUGCUGCAGCGCACACAGCACGUCAAGGUGUGGAUCAGCCUGGCGCAGUUCGAGCUGUCGGCGGGGCGGGACGAGCGGCUGCAGCGCUGCCGGCAGGUCUACGAGGAGGCCAACAAGGCCAUGCGCAGCUGCGAGGAGAAGGAGGAGAGGGUCAUGCUGCUCGAGUCCUGGAGGAGCUUCGAGGACGAGUUCGGCACAGAUGCCACUAAGGAGAGGAUAGAUAAACUGAUGCCUGAGAAAAUAAAGAAGAGGAGAAAGCUGCAGGCCGAAGAUGGGUCUGAUGCUGGAUGGGAGGAGUACUAUGAUUACAUUUUCCCAGAAGACACUGCCAAUCAGCCCAACCUCAAACUCCUGGCUAUGGCAAAGCUCUGGAAGAAACAGCAGCAGGAGAGCGAAGCUGCAGCCAUGGAUCCUGACAAGGACAUUGAUGAAAGCCAGACUUAAUACCUUGCCUUUUCUUACCCCUUUCUUGGGCCACUGUACAGUAUUUUCAUUGGUGAUAAAUAAAUGUAUUUGGAGAGUUUUAGUAUUACUGA